UAGUUGAAGGGUUUUCAUCUCGAGAAACAAUUGAAACAAUUGGAAAAUUAAUAAUAGUUGGUCGCACUAAUAGUGGUAAAUCUACAUUAGCCAAAGUACUUGAGAAAAAAGGAACGAAAUAUCUUGUGAAUGAUACUGGGGUCACUAAGCUAACUAAAAAUAUAGUAAAACUUUAUGAUGGGAUGUGCCAAUUUUUAUUUGUUAUUGAUGGAAAGUUCACGGCAGAAGAAGUGAAAGCUAUCUUUGACAGUGGUAUUUAUGAGAAUAUUACUAUUGUGAGGACUAAAUUUAGUAACUUUAAAAAUGAAGAUGAAUGCAAUAAAGACAAAGAGGAUUUGUAUAAGGAAAUCAGAUCUUUGCAUAAGAAAAGUAAAAUAGUUGCUAAAAUAUGUAGAAGUAUUGUUUAUGUGGAUAAUCCCCCGAUAAAUAUUUCUGUCGUUGAUGAAGAUGAUGAAAAAACAAAUGAAAUUAAUAAGAAAAAAAGAAGUCAGUCAAGAUCUAUACUGCUAGGGCACUUGGAUAAAAUAUUUCAGGAAAAAUAUUACGAAUUAAAAGCGUGGUUACAUAGUGAGGCUUCCACGGCAGGAAGUAUUGGUAAAGAAGAACAUAUUUUAAAGUUAGAAAUUCCGACAUUAAAUUUGAGCUACUUUGAAGAAGCGGAACGCAGUUUUAAAGAAAAAAUCUCGUCAAGUAAGUAAAUUUGUUAAUUUUAUAUAUUGAUUAUUACUAGAAUUGUUUUAUUUUAGUAAUAACUUAUUAUUAAUAUCAAUUAGAUAUAACUAAGAAUUUAGGUCAUAAUAGCAAUGUGUGCAUAAAGAGAUAUUUGAAAGAAUGGAUUGAAGAAGAAGAUAUUAGUUACUUUAAUUAUAAUGAAUUUAGCAAUAUUGAAAAAUUUGACAGCAGAAGAACUUAUGAAACCUUAAAAAAAGCCAAUUGGAAAAAUAAAA